AUGAAUGAAGGGAACAGCGAAGCACAUGAUUUGUUGCAGUCGGCGCUCACAUCCAUUUCUGCAUCCGUGCAUCUUUGCAAGAACCCGCUGCUGAUUUCACCCCUCCUCUGCAGUGCAGCCCAUCCGCUCCACACUCCUCACUGUUUCCCCUCCCUCCCCUCCGCCCUCUCCGCCCUCCCUCCCCACCCACGCACACACACACGGCAGGUGGUGGCGAAUCUGGUGAGCAACGCAGCCAAGUUUUCCAAGCGCGGAACCAUCACCGUCUCCUGGCGCAUUGUGCCCGACCCCUCUGUGUCAGACCCCUCGGCAUCCGACCCUUCUGCCUCUGGUUACAAUGAUGGUGACAGUGCGGAGCAGGAAUGCACAGAGAGUGGGGAGGUGGAAGCAGAGACAGGGGGAGAGGGGCAGACGGGGGAGGAGGGAGAGAAGGGGGAGGAGGGGGAGGGGCAGGAGGGGACUCAGGAGUUGGGGCGGGAGGGGGGAGGCAGGAGCCCAAUGGAGUCGGGCAGUCGCUCGAUACAGUCACACUCACACUCGCUUGCUGCCUCACUGUCUGCCCCCGCGGGCGAUAGCACCGCUGCUGCAGAGACUGUGGAGGCAGCAGAGGCAGCGGACGCAGCAGGGGCAGUAGAGGCUGGGGGGGCAGCGGGGGCAGCAGGCACGCUGACCUCCCCUGGCAGCACCAGUGGGGUCGAGGGGAAAGGGGCGGACGGGGGGAGAUGGGGGGAGAGCAAGCGGGGGCGGAUGUGGGGGAGGGGGAAGAGAGGGCGGGGGGAGAGCAGGGAGGGGUCUAGCGAGGGAGCCAGGCAGGGUCGGGGCAAGCAGGCAGCGAGUGGAGGGUGGGGGGGGGCAGGCGGGCAGGGAGUGCGAGUGCCGCGAAGCGUGUCUGCAGGGCAGGAAGGAAACGUCUCCUCUGGCCCCUCGGCACCCUCAGCGCAGCAUCAAGGCACAUCCUCAGGUGGCUUCCCCUCCAGUCCCGUGCGCAGCAGCAGCGGGCAUGCGGGACCAGCAGCAGCAGCAGCAGCAGCAGCAGCAGGGCAGGGCGAGCAGCCGCGGCUGCUGGCAAGGCGGCUGUCAGCAGAUCUGACUCACCGCACGCGGGUCACCCGCCUGCACGGCACCUCUGGGGGGUCCGGCUCCGCUGACCUCUCCCGCAUGCUGCAACCCGCCGCGCCCUGCCCUUCUCUGCACUCCGCGCCCUCCCUCCCACCGAACCUCGCCUCCCUCCCCCCACACCUCGCUUCCAUGCCCUCGCCCUACCUGGCCAGCUUCGAGUCGGCGUCAGCAGCAGGCAGUGUCCUGCCAAGAGGGCCUGCUGCUGCUGCUGCUGCUGCCUGUGGGGGUGCUACAGGUGGGCCGCUGGGCUUAGAAAAUGUUGCUGGCAGUGUGGCUGGAGUGCGGCUGCCAGCUGGUCAGGAGACGCACGGGCCUGCAGGCUCGGCAAUGGAUGCAGGCUUGGGGAUGGGUGCAGGGUCGGCGCCGAGCCUGAGUAGGGGCGGAAGCUUGGGGCAGAGUGUGAGAAGUGCGAGUUGGGGCAGUGGGAGCGGGGCAGGGGGGCGGAUGGAGUGGAUGGGUGAGUGUGAUGGGGGGGCAGUGAGCACACGAGAAGGGGGAGGGGGAGGCAUGGGGGGAGGCAUGGGGGGAGAGGGAGCAGGAGUGGGAGAGGGAGCAGGAGUGGGAGAGGGAGACGGUGCAGGAGUGUUUGAAUCAGCUGCUGACGUGGCAAUGCUGCUGGGUGAACCUUUCAUGCCAGUUUCCGGGCCCCUCAGACCCUCCGGUGGCAGCAGCGUGUCUGCUGACGAGGCGGGUGUUGUCGUGCUAGAUGGCGGGCCAGGAUCUGACGUGGCAGCUGACGUGGAGAUGCUGUCCAGCCCACGGCUGCGCGUGGUGUGGCAGGGGGGGCGGGCGGCGGGGGAGGAGGACGUGGGGAGGGUGAGUGUGCGGGCGAGCUCAGAGGCACAGCAGUGGCUGCGCUCGCUGCAGCAGCCCGUGGGCCGCCUGCACGGCUUUGAGGACGUGACUGUAACGGACAGUGUUGUACAGGACGGGUCUGUGCUUGUAGGCACGGGCGUGUGUGAGGGGCUGGGGGGGAGGGUGGGGGACGCUGGGUUGCUACGCGGGGGGUCGGGGGACGUGAUUGUGCGGCGAGGGGGUGGGGCGCGAGGGGAGGGGGGCGGGGGGAUGGUGAGAAGGAGCAGUACGGGGCGGGCAGGGGCGGUGGAGGUGGUGGGGCGGAUGGGGAGGAGCGUGCAGCAGCGGGAGCGGGCGCUUAGGAGGCAUGCUUCCGCUGGUGUGGCGGAGCAGGGGAGGCGGGGGAAGGGCGAGGAAGGUGGGAGCGUUGCCUGGGGUGGUGGGAAUGAGAGGGCAAAGCUGCAGAGUGAAGGUCAGGGAGGGGGUGAUUCAGGCAGGAGGGAGCGUGGGGAAGGGGAUUCUGCUCGGGGAGGUCACAGUGGGGGUGCUAGUAGCGGGGGUGCAGAGACAGUUGUGACUAUAGGCGAGGUGGUGGCUGCGGUGGGUGAUGGGGGGUGUUCCGGCAGUGCAAGGGGAGACACUGGGGGCAGCACAGGGGGGAAGGAGGGCGGUGAGAGGGGGAGAGGAGGGGCGGAGGUGGAGGACGGGAGCGAAGAGGACGGGGAGAGUGGGGGAGAGGGGGAGGAGAUGGAGGAGGAAGAGGAUAAAGACAGGGAGGAGGAGCAGGGGGUAGUAGCCAAGGAGGGAGAGGAGGAGGGGAAGGAAGGAGAGGGGGAGGAGAAGGGGGAGGUGGGCAAGGAGCGGGAGCGGGUGUGGUACGAGGUGUGUGUGGCAGACGAGGGGGAGGGCAUGGCGGAGGAGGAGGUGCAGCAGGUGCUCUUCAUGGCUCAGGCCGGCGCUCAGAGAGGUGGUGUGGGCGGCACAGGCCUAGGGCUGGCCAUCAGCCACGGGCUGCUGGCGCUGAUGGGCGGGCGCCUCUGGAUCAAAUCCCAGCCGUCCAAAGGCACCCAGGCCUUCGCCCUCAUCCCCCUCCUCCCCGCGUCCGCCCCCUUCCCCCCAUCCGCCAAGGGCGGCCCGCCUGCCUCCCCCCUGGGGGCAGGCCGGCGCUCCCCCUCGCCUUGCCUGGCCGGGGGCCAGGCGGGGAAGGAGGGUGAGGAGGGGGAUAGGCAAGCGGUAUCAGCGAAAAUGGAGGUGGAGGGGGCCGAGGGGGGUGGAAGAGAGGGGAAACGGGAAGAGAAAAGGGAGGUGGAGGGGCAGGGUGACGAGGAGGAGGAGGAAGAGGAGGAGGAGGAGGAGGAGUGCAAGAGUCUGCGUGUGCUGGUAGCGGAGGACAACAAGGUGAACCAGCUGCUCAUCCGCCGCCUGCUCAAGCACUACGGCCACGAUGUCUCCGUGGUGGGCAAUGGGCGCCUGGCUGUGGACGCCGUGCAGAAGGAAUGCUUUGACCUCGUGCUCAUGGACCUGCAGAUGCCCGUGCUGGACGGGCUUAGUGCGACGCGUGAGAUCAGGAAGCUGCCAGGAAAGGAGGCGCGCAUCCCGGUGUACGCGCUGACAGCGGACGUGUUGGCGCCGGAGAUAGAGGCGGCGGGGAUGGACGGCUUCCUCAGCAAGCCCAUCGCCUGGGACAAGAUGAGCCUGGUCGUAAGCUCGCUGUUGCACGCUAAAAACGCCAAGCUCAAGCAGCAGAAGCAGGCUGCUCCUGCUGCUGCUGCUGCUGCCUCCGCUGCUGCAGGCUCUGCUGCUACUGCAGGAGCGGUGGUUGGUGGAGUGGUUGGUUCGGGUGGCAAGGCUGGGAAAGCAGAGGAGCAGGCAGAGGGCAGGGAGGGAGAAGAGGCAGGAGGCAGAGCAGGAGGCAAGGGGGUGGAGGUGGGGAAACGGGCGUCUGGGGGGGGGGCAGUGAGUGGCGCAGGUGCGGCUGCAGCAGCAGGAGGAGGUGCGGCGGGUGCAGAAGGGGGAGGGGGCGGCAAGUUGCGGGUGCUGGUGGCGGAGGACAACAGGGUGAACCAGAUGCUCAUCCGCAAGAUGCUGCAGCACUACGGGCACGAGGUGACACUGGUGCUCAACGGACGGCUGGCAGUGGAGGCAGUGCAAGCAAAGCCAUUCGACCUUGUUCUCAUGGAUAUUCAGAUGCCCAUUAUGGACGGCUUGACAGCCACGCGUGAGAUCAGGAAGCUGCCAGGAAGGGAGGCGCGCAUCCCAGUGUACGCGUUGACGGCGGACGUGUUGGCGCCGGAGAUAGAGGCGGCGGGGAUGGACGGCUUCCUCAGCAAGCCCAUCGCCUGGGACAAGAUGAGCCUGGUCGUGGAAACUCUGCUGCGAGCCAAGGCGGGCCAGAUCCCCGAAGCAAGACUCGGGAGGGCGGUCGGCGGAAUGGCCGCGUGGGGCGGCGCGUUCCGCGCAACGCGCGCGGCGUGGAAGAAGCGGAAGGGGCCGAUGCUGAUGCCGGGGCUGCUGGAGGCGCAGCAGCUCGCCGUGGCUCGGCAACCCGAACGUGUGCUUCGGAAUCGAGGCUUGGUGGAGAUCGGACAGAAAGCAUCCUCCUUUCCGCCUUCCCUUCCCCCAACGCCUUCCGCAGUCAAUCCAGCCCCGCCCCCUGUUCUCCCGUCUCCCUGCAACGCUUCCGCCUCCCCAGGCGCAACCAGUUCCGCGCACGUGCACCGCGACGUGCGCCGGCUGAUGUCCGCCUACGACGCGUUCUUCAGCGGGUGGCCGCAGCCGUCCGCGGAGCGCCUGGCGGACGACACGCGGGAGCCGCCGCUGAUGCGCGAAAUGGACGUGGGGCGCAUUCCGGACGCGCGGAUGGUGCGGCUCCUGCGCGGAUGGGAGAAGAACUCGUGGGGGAAGGGCGCGGAGGAGGGCGGGGAAGGGGGCGCGGGGGAAGCGGCGGAGAGGGGGAAAGGGGGGGCGCGAGAGCGGGGGGAGGGGGGGAGGCGCGCGGUGGAGUAUGGGGAGACGGAGGCUCUGGCGUACGCGGCUGCGCGCAUGCCGUCCACCUAUGCCGCCGUGUUCCGCGCUCUCACUGAGGUGAGGAGCCAGGACACGCUUGGGCUGCGCGUAUCGGGGAGAGGGGGGCGGUUGAUCGGGGGCUCUCUCACCUGCUGUGUGUGGCUGGCGCACCAACAACGCCACCCAACCCUCUGCGUCCUACACCGUGUUGGGUUGGGCGCACCAACAUGGGGAGCUUACUCCACCGUGCUGAAUUCCUUCCUUUCUUCGUUCACCCCUCAUUCUAUCCCUCCCGCCUCUGCCCCUCCCUCCUUCCGCCGCGCCCGCCCCUCCUGCCUAUACCUCCACUGGCGGCAGGUGAAGCGGCGACUGCCCUCCCUCGCGCCCUCCUCCCUGCUGGACUUCGGAUCCGGGCCUGGCACCGUGAUGUGGGCGGCGAGCGAGGUGUGGGGCAGCACGGUGCAGAGGGCGGCAGCAGUGGAGCCCGCUGAUGCCAUGUGGGCCAUGGGGGAGCACAUCAGAGCAGUGGCGGCAGCGGGUCCCAAGCCCCCACGUGCACUGCCUGAGGUGGUUCGAUACACCACCCUGCAGCACCUCUCAAGGGAGGCACGCGGGCCCGACCGGGUGUUUGACGUUGUGGUGGCGGCGUAUGCAGUGGGCGAGGUGGAGUCGGUGGAUGAGAGGCGCGCCAUUGUGGACCGCCUUUGGAGCCAUGCUCGCCAUGUCAUGGUUCUGGUGGAGACAGGCAACCCACGUGGUUAUGAGGCCAUAGCCAAGGCCAGGGCGCACAUACUGCACACACAGAGAGCGGUGAGCACAUGUACCAUACCACGCCCUUUUCUUUCUGCCGGUGCAGCGUAUGAGCGGGCGGUGCAGCGUAGGAGCGGGCGGUGCAGCGUAUGA